AUGGGCGCCGACAGGAGUGACGGCUCCGGCUCCGGCUCCUCGAAUACGGAAGCGGUCGCAUCCGGAUACGACGAAAAGACACCUCUACUCGAGAAAACCCAGGAGGGCCCCUACGAAGACACCAAGCGGCGAAGGAGAUGGCUGUAUCCGUCGCGCAUAUCCGACGGCAUCGUCGCGGUCGUGGGCGUCCUCGCAACCCCCUUUGUCUAUACGGGGCAAUGCCUUGUGGCCGCCUUCUACUACGAAGAGGAUGGCCACUUCUCCUUUCUCGCCCCGAUCUACCACAUCUCGCGGACAUUCACUCGCGGACGUCGGAAAAAGGUUGCGGCGCACGCUUCACGAGCCUCGGCUGCCCCGGACCGUAGCGAGAAAGGCACGCGCAAGAGUCGCAGUUCGAGUGUCGCGCAGCCCGUCAUGAAACAACCCACGAGGCGAUCACUGUCAAUAGCAUCAACCUCGACCGCCAUGACGUCCGACUCGGAGAGCGAGCGAUCUCCCACACGCGACCCAGACACCGACAGCCCGUCGCGCCACACCCGCUCCAAGUCCAGCGCAACCGCACGAGCAGACGAAAUCGCCCCGGCCAAGAGGUCGAUACGCAUCACGCUACAUCACAAUGAGGACGCUUUGAGGCAACGCAAGGCAGCGAAGAAGGCCCAAUCGUCCAAAAGUAACUCCGUCUCCUCCGAGGCUGCCGCUUCCCUCAAGUCCCCCACUGGGCCGGCAACCGCGUCUUCGAAACAAUUGACCAAGUUCCCACGAGCGCCCCAACCCCCGCGCCCCCUCGUGCCACGCCGCCAGCCCUCGUACUCCGCUAAAGGCGUAUCCGCUGUCGGGCCGCACCAGAAGACGCUCAUCAUCGAUCUCGAUGAGACCUUGAUCCACAGCAUAGUCAACGGCGGUCGCUUCCAGACGGGCCACAUGGUAGAGGUCAAACUCCAGGCAUCCGUCGGCGCCGACGGGCAGGUUAUAGGUCCCCAGGUGCCGCUCCUAUACUAUGUUCACAAACGGCCGUAUUGCGACGAUUUUCUGAAAAAGGUUAGUAAGUGGUACAAUCUGAUCAUAUUCACCGCCUCGGUACAGGAGUACGCAGAUCCCGUCAUCGACUGGCUGGAGGUGGAGCGCAAGUAUUUUGCAGGCAGGUACUAUCGACAGCACUGCACUGUUCGCAACGGGGCUUACAUCAAGGACCUUGCUCAGGUCGAGCCCGAUCUCAGCAAAGUCAUGAUUCUUGAUAACAGCCCCUUGAGCUACGUUUUCCAUCCUGGUAAGUUCACCCUCCGUCCAGUGCGCCCACUUGUGCUCGUACUGAUUGUGCAUCCAGACAAUGCCAUUCCCAUCGAAGGCUGGAUCAGCGACCCAACAGACCACGAUCUGCUGCAUCUUAUCCCGCUGCUCGAAGGCUUGCAGUAUGUCACCGACGUGCGUGCGCUGCUUGCGCUUCGGCUCGGCAUGCCCGCAUCCGCCUAG